GUAAAUGCUUGGCAAUGAUAGAUACGUUUCACUUGUGAUCGAAUAUUGUUAAACUGUAAAAAAUGUCGAGAAAACCGCAUAAGUCCGGAUGGGGCGGUCGUGGUGGAAGAUCCGGCAACCAGGACGACAAACACUAUUUCGGUCACGAUAUUCGUGUGCAAAGAAACAACGAUGGCUCGUAUCAUGGAAGCAGGCCGAAAGUAACGUUCAAAACGCAACAAAACAUUAUAGCGAGAGCUGCUAGGAAUAUACGGAAAAAUCUGGCAUUGUCGUGUUUGGACGACGAUGUUCAAAUGGCGACAAGUUCUAACAACAACAGCAGAGAUUUCACCAUCAGCGAAAGAAAAUGCAUUCGCGAAAGAGUAAACUCUUUGCCUUCGAGAUCGUACAGGGGAGGAAAAAUGCCUCCAAGACUCAAACAGCUUCAUGCUUUCGAACCUACUUGUUAUAAAAUUACUAUACCGUACGGACACAAAUACGAUAAAGAUUAUAUAUUAAAUAACCUUCUUAGUUAUAUUGCGCCGGAAACGUUUGUCCCGAUAUUAUACGAGGUAGUUGGAAACGAAGCUAGUUUUUACAUAGACGAUAUGAAAGUAGCGAUCGCUCUUAUUAAUUGUAAUAACAAAAUCACGAUCACGGAUGGAUUUAAACUACAAGUGAGGGUCUCGCAAGAAGGAUUUCCGUACUGCGAAAUAGAUAGCAAACUAAAAGAAAGACUGAAACAAGCCAUGGCUAAAAGAUACGUAACCGAGACAAACGCAUUGGACUUGUCGAAAUUUCAUCAAGACCCUGAUCUCGUUGCUGACUAUUUCUUUCCGCUAUCCCGACCUCUGAUGUUAAAAACAGUAUUGGACAUUGUGUCUGAAUGCAUACCUAAUUUGGAAGCACUAAAUUUGGAUGCGAACAGAUUGCAGAUACUCGAAAAGUUAAAUGUCCUGGGUAAAAAGUUUUCAAAAUUAAAGAUACUGUACAUUGGAGACAACAGGAUAAAAGAAAUAAAUCAAUUAGACACCUUCAAAGAUUUAAAGCUGGAGGAGCUGAAACUGGCAGGAAAUCCCGUUUGCACCAAGUAUAAAACUCGACAAAAUGACUAUAUUAGCGACGUGCGGAAACGGUUUCCCAAACUCUUACGGCUGGACGAUAUGGAACUACCAAAACCAAUCGUGUUCGACGUAGCGGACGACGGAAAUAAAAUGCCAUCACCUCAGAGGAUGUUCGUCGCGAACGCGAAAGCGCUAGAAGUUGCUAAUCAAUUUCUCCAACAAUAUUUUCUCAUAUUUGAUAGUGGGAAUCGUCAACCAUUGUUAGAUGCGUAUAACGAACACGCGUGUUUUAGCAUGACUAUAUCUUACUCCCAAAACACGAACAAAUUAUACGGAUACCUUAUGGAGAAUAGAAACUUAUACAGAAUAAUAGACACAAACAAAAGGCACAAGCUAUUGAAACAAGGACGAUUGCCCGUAGUUUCGUUCAUUUCUGAAAUGCCACAAACGUCUCACUAUUUGAACACGUUUACUAUGGACAUCGGCCUGGUGACAGACGGAAUGAUGCUGAUCACGGUCACCGGUCUGUUCAAAGAACUCGAUAAAAAGGAACAACCCGUUCGUUUCUUCAAUCGAACGUUCAUAAUAGGGCCCGAAGGAGGUGGUUACUGUAUUCGAAACGAACAGUUACAUAUCAACACGCCAACGGAUUCUCAGCUGAAGCAUCUGAAUACACAGCUGGCGACGCAAGUGUUGGCACCGGCUCCAUUACCUUCGAGCAGCAAUAGCAUAGGGAAACCAGCAGUGCCGGCUCAGUUGCCCGAGGAGGUGAAGCAACAAAUGGCCCUGACGCUCAGCCAACAAACGAAUAUGAAUCUCGAAUGGAGCCUGAAAUGUUUGGAGGAAGUGCAAUGGAACUACGACAACGGGCUCGCGGCAUUUCAAGAGUUCUUCAAACGGGGACAGAUACCACGGGAAGCAUUUAACAAGUAAAAAAGUACAAUGUGGGGGAAAAAGUAAGAUUCGAAAAGAAGUUCCAAUUCUACUCAUUGUUCUUUUUCUGCUGCAUGCUCUACGAUACCACGGGUGCUUCUGCAUCACGAUCUGAACAAAGACGCAGAGGGAAUUUGGGGGUGUCGACGAUUUUCUCUUUUUGCUCGGCGAAAUUCGGUCGGAUUAGUAAAUUAUAUCUUGUAUGUUUACUUUGAUAUUUUCCAGUUGUUUUCACCACCCAAAUAGUCGUUCUUUGUCGCUGCAACGCGUGUCUGCCGCGAGCAAGAAGAAGUUCGUUAUAAAUUGAGAAACAAAGAAGGAGAAGAUAAAUUUUCUUUCGUAUUCGGUUUGCAUUAGUUACAUGGACCCAACGAGCUUCUUUUUGUUACGAUCAAACGAAAUGUUUACGAUACAUUCCUAUUAGAAAUUCAACGAUGUAUGUGAAAAUUGUACUCGUAACGAAAAAAUUCUGCGGCACACGUUGCGUGCGGUAUAAAAACGCGAAACUGUUCUUCGUUCAGAUUAUGAUACGAACUCAAAACGAGAUUAGAAUUUAACGAUCAGUUUUAAAUUGAUAAAAAAAGAAAAAAAAUGGGGCAAAUUAUCCCUUUGUUUUUAUUUUUGUGUAUUAGACGAAUACGGGCUUAAAUCUAUUUGUUCUAAUCUUUAAUAUACGAUUGUUUAUAAGUGUACCUUUAGAUACUUCCCAAUUAUCAAAGUAUGCGAAUCGAACAUCGGAAAUCCAAUACUUAGGAUAUAAGUAAUACUUAGACCCUGUUAUUGCCAAUUCAAAUAUCCCUAUACAUAUAUACAUAAUGAUGUUUAUUCUUCUUUUUUUUUUUUAAAAAGAAGUUUUCAUUGUAAGAACUUUAUAUUCAUGUUUGUCGAAGCAUACAGAUUGUUAGAUUUUGCUAUUGUCGGUGUUAUUGGUUUAGUAUUUUUAGUAUUUGAUUUAUGGCAAUAGAACCCAUUCGAUCGACACUGAAUAAUUGUUGAAAAUAGUAUGAUUGUGCCCGCGUUUGAUGAAUGUAAAUUACGAUUGUGAUAUCUUCAUUGGAAUAAGCAUCAUUAUGUACUCGAUAGACUAGUUUAUAUGACGAUAAGAAAAACUAUAUGAUCAUGAGAGGUCAUAUUUUCCUGAGACAACUCUUUUAAUGUUUCAAUGGGUACGUGAGAUGUCUAUUGUAACGCAAGAUUUUUUUUUUUUCAGUAUAAAAAUUGCUACAAGGAAAAUAAAUAAAUGAAAUUCCGUGUGUGUUCGACGAGAUACCCGUUGGAACAUUACAUCAGCUCUUCGCGUUGAACAUUUAUCGCGUAUCGUACACACGAAUGUACUCUUGUUAUCAUUCGUCGUCGUUUGCAUUGUUUUUCUCUAAAUAUGCUGUAAUUCGUGAGUCUGAAAAGACAAGCGUACAACGUGUGACCAUAAAUUAUUUAACGGCGUCCGUGAGUAGUGACGCGCAUGCAACGAAACGGAUCAUCCCUGGCCCUCCCCCCACGCAUAUCCAGAAGAAACGCAGUUAGCAUUUGAUCAUGCAAAAAAGCAGUCGAUGCUGAAAAUGAUCGGGGCUGACUUUCGUCACAGAAGUUUGUUACGACGUGAAGAUCAAAUAGACAACGAAAAACAGAGAGAAGGAGAGAACAGAGUCCCGAUGAAUAUCAGUUCAUAUUGAGACUUUUGUUAAAAAAACAAAAUGGAUGUGCACCGGAGACGAACCACGCAAGUUUGCGGUCUCUUUUCUCGUCGUAGCUUGUCGCAACCAUGACUAAUUACGCUACGACGAACAUGAUGCAUCUAAAAACAUAUAACAGGCGUCAAUACGAAGACAAUACCCAACGUUAGUAUCGCACAAAAUGAAAUCUGACUUGAGCUUUCUUCGUGCAUCAUGUGCUCCCCGAAAUCCACGAACCGAUUUGUCCGCGGCGCCUAGCGUCGGUCAGACGAAAGCAACGGCCGCGGGCGUCCAGGCGUGUGUUUCCUGCGAAGACACAUGAUAAUGAUAAUGAUAAUGAUAAUGACAGACGUAAUUAACGUAAAAUAUAUGGAAAAACAAGACUGUAAAACGUGGAUGAAAAUCCACGCGAUUUGAUUCGAGCGGAUUCGUCUUUUCGUGAUCCGCGAGAUCGUCGUUUCCGGUUGGGUGGAACGAGAUCGAGAUUUGGAACGUUCGAGCCGAGAGAAUAGUUUAUGUUCACACUCUGUACAGAUUUUCAUGGAAGACCCCGACGAAAGAGAUAUUUUUUCCGUCGAAUUUCUUUUUUUUUUUUUUUUUUUAGGGACCGCUCGUCGAAUCGAAUUUCUUUCGUAUUGUUGAUUUUUUUUUUUGUUGACACCGUACAAAAAAUACCGCCAUUUUGCUAUCCGUUACUCAGUCGUUGACGAUUCCACCGAUGCACCGUAAAAUGGCCGAUCGUGAACGUUUUGUACAUUUUCAUAUUCGUUCGGACAAAAAAAUUUCAUGCGCGGCAUGUCGAUGUACGUGAUUUUUGAGAUGUAUUUUUGCAAUUUAUGCGUUCGUUCUUUUCAGUUGAAACGUUUUGAAUACGAUAGAAAUAUGUAAAUACACAAUACGUGAUUAACGAGAAUAAAUAUUUGUAUACGUAAGUUUGAGAUUUUCGUAGGGAUCA